CGGACGGGAACAAUGUUGAGCGGAAUGUAUUACACACGACGGCUCUCCGACCGGAACGCCUCUACGGCUUAUUCGGGCGCACAACAUGAUAUUUAAACAGCCUCCCGAGGCCGUGAUAUAGCUCGGACCUCUAUUUCGACAUCGUGAAUCGGGGCACUUCAAUGUCGAUUACGAGGUAAUUCGCUCGAUCUGUUUCAUGGUUUUAUAGUCACCUCCUUCCGAUACAUAGUUACCGCCUUUUACAUACGACCUUGGAAACUCGACAAUAAUGGCUCAAGAAGACGGCUACCUCGCAUACUUUAUUCUUUUUACAGCCGUAAUGGCCACCCUCCACGGCGCAAUCUGCUACAUCUCUCCCCGUGCCUCACUCAAGCCCUUCUCCGGCCCAUCUUCCCCCCCACACACGCCACUCCUCGCGCACAUGUACGGUGUGCUCAACAUCACCAUGGGCGCGAUCCGCGCCUACACCGCAUGGGACAUCCGCAACAUGGCGCUGUAUGACCUCGCGCUAGGGACGUAUGUGGGCGUGAUUUGGCUGCUUGGAAGCGAGAUGGUGGUGGGAAGGACGGUAAGGGUGGGUGAUGUAGUGGUGCCGUUGUGCGUGACAGUUGUGGGGCUGGGGUGGAUGGUGGGUGCAAGGGGGGCGUAUGCUGGGUAG